CGUCGCGAGCACAAAGUUCGGAAAAUUCGUUCAUCGGCCGGCAGCUCGGUGCCCUUUAAAAUCGCCUGAAAUACACCCGCGCUCACGGUUCCCUAAAUUACGGCGCGGUGGGCGUCACAAAAUUCCUCUAAAUUCCGCUAAAGCCGUGUCUUACAAAUCGUUAAAGUCCGUAGUCGCGAUGUGGACGGAGAAGAAACCUCUUCACGUCAUUCUCCUUGCAGUGGUGUUCUAUCUGUGCCUGUGCGUUCUGGAAGUGUCGAGCCACGUUCACACGCACCCCAAAAGUGACCAUGCCAACGGAGAGAGAGAACAGGACGGAAACUUUGCGUCGAGGGCCCAAAAUCAUCUACGCGACGAUAUUCACGAGACUGAUUUCGAUCACGAGGCGAUUUUAGGCAGCAGAGAUGCCGCCGAUGAAUAUGACCAACUCAGUCCCGAGGAAGCGAAACGCCGGCUCCAGGAACUUGCAGUCAAGAUGGACAAAGAUGGCGACGGCUACGUGGACAGGACGGAGCUGAUCGAGUGGAUACUACGGUCUUUCAAACUGCUGACCCAGGAAGAGGCAGCGGAGCGGUUUGAAGACGAGGACAAGGAUGGCGACGGAAAGGUGACCUGGGAUGAACAUGUGAGGGAGGCCUUUGGGUCCUCGCACCGUGAUGCCGACCCCAACGAGGAGGAUGACUUGAGACUAAUGGAAGAGGACGACCGCUACUUCAAGGCAGCAGACGCCAACAAGGAUGGCGCAUUGGACAAGGAAGAAUUCCCAAAGUUCUCCCACCCGUCCGAGUUCCCGGAAAUGCAGAAUAUACUGUACGAGGAGACGAUGAAGAAGAAGGACGCCGACCGGGACGGCUACCUGUCCCUGGAGGAGUUUGCGUCGGAGGACGCUGACAAGCCCCUGACGAGCGAGCAGUUCCUGGUGGAGAAGGAGAGGUUCGAGAUGGACUACGACCGCAACGGGGACAAGAAGCUCGACAAGCAGGAAACACUCAACUGGCUGCUCCCCGGAAACGAGGAGAUAGCAGAGCAGGAGGCGGACCACUUACUCGAGAACGGUGAUACUGACAAGGACGGCAAGCUUUCGAUCCGCGAGAUCGUCGACCACCACGACCUCUUCGUCGGAAGUGAGGCCACCGACUACGGAGAGCACCUCCACAAUACGAGCAGGUUCACCGAUGAACUCUAGGACCCUUUCGUGCUGCCUCCAGCCCCUUUUGUUUUACGUGCGUUUCUUUUUGUUUUUGCCCUCAUCCAAAGAAUGAGCUUCCGAACAAGUGCUUUUAGUUUCCUUUUAGUUUUCGGAUUGUAUGUGUGUUUUUCUAUGCCGUCUGUUUGGUCCUUCGCGAUUGCAUGUGUGUUUGUGUGGAUGCUUGACGGAAAAAGGACUGAUAUUCGUCCGGACGCCUAUUUGGAACGUCUGUAUUGAAUGAUCUGAGUUGUGAACAAUAAAUAUAAUGAGUCUCAGGAAAA